AGUCAUUGAGAUUUGAAGACAUCACCAUGCCUGAACCCGCGAAAGCUGCACCCAAGAAGGGAUCCAAGAAAGCCGUCACUAAAACAGCAGGAAAGGGAGGAAAGAAGCGCAGAAAGUCCAGGAAGGAGAGCUAUGCUAUCUACGUCUACAAGGUCCUGAAGCAGGUCCACCCCGACACUGGUAUCUCCUCCAAGGCGAUGGGCAUCAUGAACUCGUUCGUGAACGACAUCUUCGAGCGCAUCGGGGGAGAAGCUUCCCGCUUGGCUCACUACAACAAGCGUUCUACCAUCACCUCCAGGGAGAUCCAGACCGCAGUGCGUCUGCUUCUACCCGGUGAGCUGGCCAAGCAUGCCGUGUCCGAGGGAACAAAGGCCGUCACCAAGUACACCAGCUCCAAGUAAAGCCGAAUCCUCUCAACCCCGACCCUAAAGGCUCUUUUAAGGGCCACCCAAAAUGUCAAAGAAAUGCAAUCCUGUUCCACUAUUCUUAAUAAAUUUCAGCUGCCAUAAUUAUUGUUUGCUAGCGACC